AUGAGACGGCGCAAGCCGAAAGGGAAGCGGUCGGACCGAGACGAACUAGACUCGGAGGAGAAUCAGGGAUCGGUGCCAGGAGAUUGUAGAAGCUCGGAGGAUGAGAACGGGUCGGUUCCGGCGCCGGAUGAGAUCAAGGGUGCCCGGUCAAGAGAUAGACAUGGUGCACCCAUCCCGCAGCCUACUAGGGAAAAGCGGACGACAAUUGAACGGCUCCGGUGCCUGAAGUGGAGAGGUAGCUCCGGAAACAAGACGAAGGAUUUGGACGACUUCUUAUUGUGGGUUUUCUGCAAAACUGGGGGGCCGGCUUAG